AUUUAGCAUCAAUUACCAUCAGUUACCAUCUGGUGGCCAUCAAUAAAGGCCUCUUACCUUCUGCAGGAUGAUGCCAGGAACAAGCGGCAAGCGGCAUCGCAGACUAACAGUGACGUCGAAUCAAUUCAUGGUGAAGUCAAUACGGAGCAGGGAACUCGCAAUCAUACCAACCUAGGUACCUUGUAAUCUGUUCAUUAUUGGAGGAAGGCGAACAUGACUUCUCCAGUCUUGCCAAAUCUCUACAUCAUUGUGUCGCAACACAUUGAGGGGCCCCGAGUCAUCCGCUGAGCUGAUGAUGAUACAACCUCACCUCUUCCUAUUAUGUCUUGAAUCUCUUUGACUGCUGCUGCUUACUGUACAGGCUUUUCCACAUCUCGCAUAGCUUUCAAGAGCCACUCCCCAGACCAGAUUGUCAAGCGCGUUGCUCGUUCCACUACCUCUUUCAACAUGCCAGGUGAAGUGAUCGAUGUUCCUAAUCCUCAACCAGCGCCCUCCAAUGUACCAGACUAUGUUUCCGAUCUGCUGGUCAAGCUCGAAAAGCCAACCUUGGCUGACGAGACCAACCAUGCUAUCGCCAAAUACCGACGAGCAGCCAACUACAUCGCCGCCGCCAUGAUAUUCCUGCAGGACAACGUUCUCCUACAGAGAGAUCUCAAGUUCGAAGACAUAAAACCAAGAUUACUCGGCCACUGGGGAACCUGCCCUACACUCACACUCGUCUACUCACAUCUCAAUCUCCUUAUCCAGAGGCAUGACUUGGACAUGAUCUAUGUGGUCGGACCUGGGCAUGGUGCUCCGUCCAUACUCGCCAACCUUUGGAUUGAAGGUUCUCUGGCCAGAUUCUACCCCGAGUGCUCUCAGGACACGAAGGGUCUCCAUACGCUAGUCACUGGCUUUAGUACGACGGGAGGCUUUCCUAGCCAUAUCAAUGCUGAAACGCCCGGAGCAAUUCAUGAAGGAGGUGAGCUCGGUUAUGCUCUCAGCGUGAGUUUCGGAGCCGUGAUGGAUAACCCAGAUCUGAUCGUCACCUGCAUUGUUGGUGACGGAGAAUCCGAGACUGGCCCAACUGCAACCGCCUGGCAUGGCUACAAAUACAUUGAUCCCGCCGAGUCAGGCGCAGUACUGCCCAUCGUCCAUGUCAAUGGCUUCAAAAUUAGCGAGCGCACAAUCUACGGUUGUAUGGAUGACAAAGAAAUGGCAGCAUUGUUCACAGGCUACGGGUACCAGCCAAGGGUGGUAGACGAUCUCGACGACAUCGAUGCAGACUUGUCGAAUUCCAUAGACUGGGCACUUUCGGAAAUCAAGAGGAUCCAGAAGGCUGCAAGAACUGGCAAACCUAUCAUGAAGCCCCGAUGGCCGGUUCUCAUCCUCAGAACACCCAAGGGAUGGUCCGGUCCAAAGAAAGUCCAUGGUCAAUUCGUUGAAGGGUCUUAUAAAUCACAUCAGGUCCCACUACCUGCUGCAAAGAAAGAUGAAGAAGAACUCAAGAUACUCCAAAACUGGUUAGAGUCCUACAAACCAAGAGAGCUCUUCAAAGAGAAUGGUGAUGUGAUUGAUGAGAUCAGAAGCAUCAUCCCAGAGAAGCCGGAACGCCGUCUCGGCCAGAACAAGACGACUUAUGAUCCAUACCAAGGGCUUGCGCCGAUUGAUUGGCGGAAGUUCGAGGUCCAACAAGGCAGCUCAGAAAGCAGUAUGAAGACGGUGGGCAAGUUGCUUGAGCAGGUCAUCAAGGACAACCCCAAGACAUUCCGAAUCUUCUCUCCUGACGAGUUCGAGUCCAACAAGCUUGACACAGUCUUGAAUUCCACCAACAGAAAUUUCCAAUGGGACCAGUUCAGCAAUGCUCAGGGUGGACGACUCAUUGAGACUCUGUCAGAACAUCAGUGUCAAGGCUGGAUGCAGGGCUAUACGCUCACUGGACGUACAGCGUUGUUUCCUAGUUAUGAGGCUUUCCUGGGAAUCAUACAUACUAUGAUGGUGCAGUAUGCAAAAUUCGGCAAAAUGGCCCAUGAAUCAAAUUGGCGCAAACCCCUUGCAAGUAUCAACUACCUCGAGACGUCCACUUGGACCCGACAAGAGCACAAUGGCUUUUCGCACCAAAACCCGAGCUUCAUUGGAGCAGUGCUGAAUCUCAAACCUGACGCAGCUCGAGUCUAUCUUCCUCCGGACGCGAACACAUUCCUCUCUACCAUGGCGCAUUGCCUGCAUUCCAAGAAUUACGUCAACUUGAUGGUUGGCUCGAAGCAGCCCUCAGCAGUUUUCCUGUCCGCCGACGAAGCAGAGAAUCACUGCAGAGCAGGCGCGUCAGUCUGGAAGUUUGCAUCCACCGAUGGAGGACUUGACCCAGAUGUUGUGCUCGUCGGCAUUGGCGCAGAAUUGACCUUUGAAGUGAUCGCUGCUGCAGCUUUGCUCAGGGAAAAAGUGCCACAUCUGCGUGUGCGGGUCGUGAAUGUCACCGACCUCAUGAUUCUGGGACAGGCUAGCAGCCAUCCUCACGCAUUGACAAAUGAGGCCUUCAACUCGCUAUUUACCUCUGAUGUCCCCAUUCACUUCAAUUAUCACGGUUAUGCCAAUGAAUUGAAGGGUCUACUCUUCGGCCGACCGAAUCUGGACAGAGUCACCAUGGCAAGCUACAAUGAGGAAGGCUCAACAACGACACCUUUCAAUAUGAUGCUUGUCAAUGGGACGAGUCGCUAUCAUGUUGCCAUGCAGGCGAUCAAGGGUGCGGCAAAGCGGAAUGAAAAAGUCCGGCUGCAUUUGCAUGAAACCAUCUCGGAGUUGACGGGCCUGGUUAGCAAGACGCAGAAAUUCAUCGUCGAGCAGAAGACUGACCCGGACUAUCUCAACGAUAUUGGAAACUUCAAAAGCGAUACAACGUCCUUACACGAAGGUUGAAGUUAAUAUGCUCGAGGUCUUCUGUGACCGUCUGAAAUCAGACGAGGUAAGGUUCAGAAUCACGAAAUGAGCCGUCACCUCGGAUAGUCAGGCCAUGAUAUGAGCCUUGCAUUGGUACUUUAAACAUAGUACAGCCUGAUGGCAGAAUAAUGCAAAAUCCACAGUUUACUCGCUGACGGUACAUAUCAAUCCAUACAACCUCACGUCAAGAUCCUUCGCGUCCAUUUCGUCCAAUUUAUCCACAACCGUCCCCGUCAGCGCUGACGCCUUCCUAGACGGAGCGUCCAUCGGCUCCGCAACUCAAUCAACAACAUCCACCGGCCUUUGCACUCGCCCUCGGCCUCGUCAGGGUUCGUCUGAAGUCGUACUUGCUCGUACGAUUUCGUAGCGCUGCCGGCCUUGGUAGCUUCGUCGUUAUGCUCGAGCAGAUGCAUGGCCAGGGGAGUCGCAAACGGCGGCGAGGCUCGGCCAUCCGACGUCCUCGAUCCACUUGCGUAGGUUGUCGCUUUUGGGUGCUUCGGAAGUCACGCUCUCGCCGGCACCCAGGCCGGGGGGUUGGAAUACGAUAUGUGCGAUUGUGGCGCCGAUGCCCGUCAUCGAACAUGAACUGCUACUGCUAGUGCCAGUACUAGUACUAGUCUUAGAAUCAGUCAAGUGCUGAAGUCGUCGCGCGCGGCCGAGUACAGCACACGGCAUGCGGAGCGGUUCAUGGACGCGAGGACGGGCAUGAACCGAUCCGUGCAGGGGGUCGGAUUGUUCAGCGCGGACAUGUACGAGGGAGAUGUCAGUGUUGAGAGGGAUGAGACUUCGCAGGUGACGAGGUACUGCGAUUGCGAAGAUUGCGAAUACGGUCGUGAUGAAGAAGGACUUGACCUUGAACUUGAGUCGGUCUGGGUGUGGGUGUGGGUGUAGUACCGGCGCGUGCGGUGGAAGCCCGGGAUGGCCAGGCGUUCGCGGAGAUGUUCGUUGGCCCACCAGGCGUUGAGGGCGGUUUUCGUCGGUGGUAGUGUUGGUGUUGGUGUUGGUGUUGGUGUGGUGUCGGUGUCGGUGUGGGAUGGGUCGACUGAGCCUCAGAGUACUAGCAUGGCGGUGCCGUGGAGGAAGGAAGUGGAGGAGGAUGUUGUCGUGGGCAUGGGCUGGCGACCCGGUGUUGCCCCUGGAGGACGACACUGUACGUCUUAAACCAACUCACAGAGUAGUUUGUGCGUAAAUGGUGUAGAUUGAUCCUCAGGACAGGAAUAUGAAUAUAGA